CCUAAGUCAGUUUGCGGAGUGGACCUCAGGGAUAAAAACAGCAACAACAUUGACAACAACACGAACGACAAAAACAACUCCCCCUCUUUCUCCCAGCUACAACACGAGAGGCUGGCGAUGCCACCACCGCGGCAGAAGUGCCACAAUGACCAGUGCCAGUUCCUCGCAGCGAAGAACCAGGAGAAGAUGGGCAGCUUUUGCUGUAAGCGAUGCCACCUACAUUUCUGCGGUGGGACGAAGAAGCUGAAACACGGGGACUUGUGCGAGCAGUUGGUAGCGCCUGAGGGCGCUGUCACUGCUCCACUGGUGAACCCGAAACAACCUUUGGACCCUCAGGUCGUCGGAUGGGCUCCGAAGCGAAAGAAAGAGCCACAGAAGAGGGAAUCAUGGCACAGCUGGCUGUCAGAGGGAGCCCAAUCAGUGAACCACAAACCCAGUGGAAUUUGGCUGAGCCUCAGCACAGAGGAACGAGCCACCCGGGAGCGUGCCACCAUGCGAGCGAGAGAAAGAAUGCUUCAACUUGAUCUCGACAGGCGUCGCUCCCCCGUUCCCGUGACGGACCACUCCUCGUCCCAGACCACCGAGAGACCUCGCUCGCGGAGCUGGUCGGAUCGGAGGGACCGGAGCCGAAGUCGAAGAGAACGCUGGAGAGACUCCAGGCCCAGGGAGCGAAGCAGGAGCAGGACGCCGCUCGACCUUAGCAAGGGCUCCAAAAGGAGGCCUGAGGGAAGCCGGUCCGAGCCCGAGCCUGAACUGCGACCUUCCAGGGUGCACCCUUGGUGCAACACUUCAAGCAGCGCUCGUUCCCAUGAAUCAGGUCGAGCUUCCUCAGCUGGCGGCCAUAGAAACUACAAUGCUGUCGCAAACCCUGCAUUAUGUCAUGUGUUUGGCUUGAAUGCCGGAGCAUGGCAGGCUCCGCCACCGGAGCCCCACCGGACGGAGAAGUUCGACGUCUUCGGACAGGAGAUGCGAGGUGCCCAGGGAACCGUUUCCCAGGCCUCCCAGCCUCCGUGGCAUUCAAAGUCCGCGACCUCACAUUGGCCGCAAGGCAAGCCAGGCGCGCAAAGCACGCCAGGCGCACAAGGCAAGGAGGUGAGGCGUCAAGUUCCAGCGAAGAAGGACUCGGACUCGGAAUACACCUACAGCGAGGUGGGCGAUUGCGACAAAGCAUCCCUCCGUGAAAGCCAUUCACCUUGGGAAUACCCGGAGCAAUGGUAUGACCAGCCAAGGUCUUCGGGCAAGGUGGACCCGGAUCGGAUGGAGGAGACACCAGCGACUGAGGCUCUGGAGCCAGAGCCAAAGACAGGGGGGCUACAACGCGGCCGCGGAGCCACGGACAAGGCCGAAGCAACGCACCCGAAGCAGGCAGCCAAGGACCUGGACCGCGGAGAGAGCGACGACAGCUCCUAUUCCUACUCCUAUUCGCCCAGUGACGCCGGACGGGCCCAACGUUGCAGGAGUUUCUCUCGGGAAUCAGGCGAAGUGAGCCCUCUCACGGGCGCGCGGACCAGUGCCGCGCGCGCCACUCGACCGGAGGAACGGACGCCGGUGCUCGGUGCGGAGCGUAGCGGCCAAAAGGAGCGCCGUGCCGUGUUAGAAGCACGGCAGGGUGAACUGAAGCAGACAGGCGGAAGCGGCCUGGGCGGUUUGUAGGUUGGCUCCUUUCGGCCUUUGUCAGAUUGGAGUGCCCGAGUCCUUUUAGCAUUUGCGUGCUGUGUGCGGCGCUUGCACCGCCGCUCUGCCAGUAGCAUUUGCGUGCUGUGUGCGGCGCAGCUGGACUCCGCAUGCGCGGGAUGGAUGCGAAAAACAAGCAAGACGUGCAGCAGCUUAUGAACGUAUUCUGCAUGCUGUGAAAUGACAUGAAAUGACUCG